GUUGGAUAACCCGCCACUAUUGCUUUAUUUUGUUUCUCUUUACUGUUCAUAUUGAAAGUUAAAAUAACAGACUGGAUUAUGCUGACCGUCUUUGUGUACAAAUGUAGAUCAAACAAGUCGAGGACGAGGUUCGCGCCGAAUGCCCGUUAAAAAUAUCUUGCGCCGGAAUUCGUAUACUGAUCGGAUAUUCAGAUGGCUCGGACUCAGAAGAACAAGGCGACGGCCUAUCACUUGGGACAGUUGAAGGCCAAGCUUGCUAAGCUGAAGCGAGAGCUGUUGACUCCGACCGGCGGUGGUGGUGGCGGCGGUGGUGCUGGCUUCGAUGUCGCCCGUACCGGUGUUGCUAGUGUUGGUUUCAUUGGUUUCCCUUCCGUCGGAAAGAGUACCUUGAUGAGCAGAUUGACUGGCCAGCAUUCCGAAGCUGCUGCUUAUGAGUUCACGACUUUGACGACUGUCCCUGGUCAAGUGAUGUACAACGGUGCUAAGAUUCAGAUUCUCGAUCUUCCUGGUAUUAUUCAGGGUGCCAAAGAUGGUAAGGGUCGUGGUCGACAGGUCAUUGCAGUGGCCAAGACCUGCCAUCUCAUUUUCAUCGUGCUCGACGUCAACAAGCCGCUAGUCGACAAGAAGGUCAUCGAGAACGAAUUGGAGGGCUUUGGUAUCCGUAUCAACAAGCAGCCGCCCAACAUCACUUUCAAGAAGAAGGACAAGGGUGGUAUUGCCAUCACAAGCACCGUUCCUUUGACGCAUAUUGAUCACGACGAAAUCAAAGCUGUCAUGAGCGAGUACAAGAUCUCGUCGGCAGAUAUUUCCAUUAGAUGUGACGCAACGAUUGAUGACCUUAUUGAUGUUCUUGAAGCUAAGAGUCGGGCUUACAUCCCCGUCGUCUAUGCCUUGAACAAGAUUGAUGCUAUUACGAUUGAGGAGUUGGACUUGCUGUACCGGAUACCUAACGCCUGCCCAAUCAGUUCUGAGCAUGGCUGGAACAUCGACGAACUUUUGGAGAUGAUGUGGGAAAAGCUCAACCUCCGGCGCAUUUACACCAAGCCUAAAGGAAAGGCUCCCGAUUACACGGCCCCCGUGGUGCUGAGAUCACAUUCUUGCACGGUCGAGGACUUCUGUAAUUCUAUUCACAGGACGAUCAAGGACCAGUUCAAGCACGCUAUUGUGUAUGGUCGCUCCGUGAAGCACCAGCCGCAGCGUGUUGGUCUGUCACACGAGCUGGCAGACGAAGAUAUCGGUUCGUACUUCUUCUUUAACUUCAACCUCAAACAAGCGAUCAUUAGGAUCUCCGGGGCUAACUAGCGGGGGUGUGAACUGCAGUGUCGAUUGUCAAGCGGUAAAUGAGUCUUUACUGGAGCGCGAAUCCAAUCCUUGGAAGGAUCCGCUUUUAUGAACGGGGCGAGAGCUAUGGCGAAUCGAAAUCGGACUCGAGAGGGAAUCGAAAUCGGUAGCGGUGUUGGGGCUGCUUCGCCAAGUAUCAGGUCCAAGAGGCCCGGCCCUUGUGACAUAUUUCCGUGAGAUGCCAUAAGGAUUGUGAUUGGGGGAAGACGAGGUGCGCACGGGCAGCAAGAAGAAGCUGGCGAACGCCGCCCUGAAUUUUCAGCACGAUCACUCGUCUGGAAGACGGAAGCCUGG